GUCACCUUACGUACCAUCGAAACCGAAUUUAGUGGCCGUACACCUGGUCGUCAAGCAACCCCACAAGCACCCUCCUUUCACACUUGCUGCCGGAGCGCCUCCACUCGCACUGAGGCCGAUGUCGCUCCGGGGCCGGGUCUGGGCCCUGCUAGACGUCGCGCUCCGUGUGCCGCCGCUGUUUGUUAUGGACGCUCUGCUGGGACACGGCGACGAAGCCGAGCCCCACAGCAGUGCGUCCUGGGACGCGGUCCUCUGGGGAGCAAUUCAUCUCCAAGCUCUUCUUGUGGCACUGGCAGUGUCCCUGCUCCAGACGAAACAGCUCGUGCAAGCAUACCUGUGGCUAGCGUGUGCGGGAGCAGUUCUGUGGUCCUACGCCUGGAAUGAAGCCUUCGCUCGAUAUGCAACCUCGCUGCGAGGGAGUUCUCUGAUACGGGAGCUUUUGCGUUUGGAUCGUGGUGCUUUGCAACAUACGGGCGCAAACUAUGCGGUGCAGCUGAGCUUAGCUGCGGGCCUGGCAUGCGCGCAACGGCUCGGCACGCGUGGUGCAACAGCGCUUGGACUCUGUCUGCUGGCUCCGACGUUAGCAACAAUCUGCUCAACCCCGUGGGCCGCAAGUCCACUAGCAGCGGCAGUAGCAGCACUGGCUAUCCUCGCAGCCGCUGCCGUGUUUCGCAUAGCACCAGCAGCCCGUAGAGCCUUCAGCUGGGCAACUGCAGUAGUCCGGCAUGCAGGCAUCCCAGCUCUACUUGAACACCACUGGGGCAGACUACACGCCCCACAGGUUCUGCGUCUCUUCUGGACGCUGCGACUAGCACAGUGCGCGAUGCACCUGGGUGGGGUUUCGGCCUUUCUCCGUGACCCGGCUGAGUGGGCAGCGCAACUGCUAGCACGGGGUUGCGACUCUCCCGUCGCUCUCCUAGGCAUGGCGGCUAUGGUAGCACUAGCGGGUCGUGCUGCAGGGGCCCUGGCUCACAGCGCCGCAGGCCUAGAAGGACCCCCCAGACGUGGUCUCGGUACCUUGGCUGCAGUUCUCUUUCUAGUGCUGGCACUGCAGACUGGUCUAGCGGGACUCGAGCCUCAAGGCCGCCUGGCUCGUCUGUACCGUAACACCUGUCUAUUAGUUACAGCGCUCUUGGACGCCUUGCACGCGAGACUAGCACCCACACUCAUAGCUCUCGCCGCUGCCGGUGGAGCACCAGCUGCACGCCACGCGCGUGCUCUGGCCCUAGCCAUCGCCCUUGCUGCGGCCCCCUGCAUACUUGUAGGUACCCUGUGGCGGAAUCACGGAGUGAGCACCUGGCUCCUUGCGGUUACAGCGUUUGGCGCCGAAUUGGUUAUAAAGGUGGCCGUCUCGCUGACGCUUUACUUGCUUUUCUGGACAGACGCCAGACGACCAGAUGCCCUCUGGGAGCGGCUGGACGACUAUGUGUACUGGGUGCGUGCCACGGGCAGCAUCGCAGAGUUUGUGUGCGGAGUGUUCCUGUUUCUCAACGGGGCAUGGAUCUUUCUUUUUGAAUCUCGGGGAACAGUACGUGCAUUCAUGAUGUGCUUUCACGCGUAUUUCAACAUUUGGGCUCAAGGUCGGGCAGGCUGGAAGGCGUGCUUACGACGGCGCGCCGCCCAGCGUCGCUUGCACGCCUUACCCGAGGCCACGUCUCAGCAGUUACGAACCUUGGACGAUGUGUGCGCGAUUUGUUACCAAGAACUCCGCAGUGCCCGCGUAACACGGUGCAAUCACUUCUUUCACGGGGUAUGUCUACGCAAGUGGCUCUACCUGCAGGACCUGUGUCCCCUGUGUCAUGCAAGCCUCCAGCCCUAGUGUUUUAUGCCUUUUAUUAUCGUUUGGCCGCUUUUGCAGGCCGUACACCUAGGUAUCCACUACAGUUGCUGGCUCCGCAGUGGCACCGCGUCCGCUCGCUGCCGCGGCAGUCCAGGUUAUAGUUGAACGUGAGUUCUGUGCCUGCGAUCAAAACACGCCAUGUUGAAAAAUAAACGAGGAGACACUUUAUGCAAUGCUCACCUUUCUCGAUGUCCUCAAUCGUAAAGAGGCCGACGCGGGUCUCGCCGUUGACGAACCACUUCUGCGUUUCGCAGUUGGGCUGGCACGAGUGGUUCAUGAACCGGGACAGGUUCCCCUUGGGGCCCGCGUCGAUGAUGCGGUCCCUCUCCACGGUAAGAAAGUAGAAGUUUGUGCAGUGCUCCUGGUGGAGCUGCGCCAGGCGGCGCUCGCACUCACCCUCGUCAAUCAGCUCUCCGACGUACUCGAUGACAAACGUGCCCUUGGAAAGGUGCUCGUCGGCGCGCAAGCCCCACCCCCGACCCCUGGUGCGCACCACGGACAACUGCGCGUACUGCCGUCGCUGGAAGCGCUGGUUUUGGCAGGCAUCUCCUACGGGACACUGUCCUCGCUGACACUCGUACAAGAGCAGGCGAUUAAUGCAGUUAGUAUUGCAGGGAUCGUCUCCGUUGCAGUUGCACACCAGAGGUGCCUCGUCGACGCUUCGAUCUGUGGUCCGGCUCACGGGCCGGCUCACGCGGAUGAGCUUGAAAGGAGCCGGGCGGGUGGACUCGUUGCGGGCCUCCUGCUGCUUCUCCCACACCUCGCGGGCCUCUUCGAGAGCCCUGUCAAAGAGCCGUUCCAGAGCUCUGCCUCCUCCGGCUGCGGGACCACCCCUGUCCCCUUCCUCGAAGAGGAACACCCGACCACGGUGAGUCCAGUAAUAGUCGUGCGAACCAAAAAACUCCACGGCAAAAUCUCCGGGCUCGCGGUGCUCCAGCGCCGCUAUGUUUGCGGGAAUAUCAUUCGGGAUGCACACCUUCGCAGGCCACCAGCGGUAGCAGCCCAGCUUGACCCAGACGACGUCCCCGUGCCGAGGCUGCUUCCAGGAGCUGCAGUCGACGCACAGGAAGGGACCCUCGGGAACGGAGUCGAGGCAGUGUUCGUGGAAAGCGGCGGGGCAACCCUCGCAGCAGAGCAGACGUCCGCCCGUGCCGCACGAGAAGCACCAGUCGACGUUGAUGCAGGACGCCUUCGCGCUCACGUGACGAGGGCAGAGGAUCUGGGAAGGCCCCAGCCGCUGCGAACCGGCAGCCAGACAAGCGCCGUGGUAAGCCACUGGGCAGCGGACGCAGCGCAAGAGCUUGCCGCUGAAGCGCACAGUCUCCUGGCCGCCCGACAUCGUACUGUGGUCUAACGCACAAGCAAAGCACGAGUGCUGCGGACAGAUGAGGGGUUCGCGCUUGCAGGGCAGGAAAGAAAGCUGUUGAAGACAGUCCACGUGGUAGAAGCGGCCACAACCUUCGAGGGAACACUUUUCAGUGUCGGUGGCUGACUGGCAUGCGAAGCAUGGUUGGAGUCCUGUGAAUCGUAAGGGGCUGUGAGUUUAGGCUUGUUCCAGAAACACCAUUUACAUGAAAUUAACUUUUAAUUGUCUCUCGUCAGUUUUUCUUUCCGCGACAGUUUUGUGUAGGGGGUGCGAGUGCUUCAAAUUUCAUAUACAGACAAUAUUUUUUGUUAUGUAAGUACAAUUAAAAAAAUACGCAUAUUCAG